UUACCGGGAACUGCGGGCCUGGAUGGACAAAAGGGGGAAGUUGGUGCGCCUGGACCAAGGGGCUUCACAGGAUCGACUGGAUCGCCUGGUGAGAUGGGUUUACCUGGUGCACCUGGUUCAAAAGGACAAAUUGGACCCAAGGGGAAUAAGGGUGAAAGUGGAAGUCCAGGUACACGAGGAACACCAGGGCCUGCGGGGAGUGCAGGGGAACCAGGGAGCGCAGGUCAGCCGGGGCACCCGGGCAUGCCAGGCAUGAAGGGCACCAAGGGACAAAGGGGAAAUCCAGGUGAAAGCGGAGAGAUGGGAUUGAGAGGAGAAAAAGGAGAGCCUGGUCGGCCAGGGAAUCAU